CAAGAUUCGAACAUGAGACGAAGGCCACAUCCGACAUCGCCAACGAAACGAUGUCCAGUCGAAUAUUGCAAGAUGACAGAAGCUCACCUCGGCCAACGAGCCCCGUGUCAGCCAUCUUGAGUGCGCUGGCUAAACUUCAGGCACAGUGGAGCCCAGACGAAAAGGCAUCGAGCCCUUCCCCACAAGCCACAACGCCUUCCCAGCAGCUCACGGCGUUAACGUCUCUCAAAUCGGACGAAAAGGAUUCUAUCAUUGUGUACUUGUUGCAGAAAGUAAAGGACCAAAAGGCCAUGCAAGACGCGGCGAUUCAAUUUGGCGAAGAUAUCGCGGCCAAACUUGUGUUGGAACAGCAUGAACGAAACGAGGCGUAUGAAGCGCGAAUUCUUGCGCUUGAAGCCGCGCUGCACAGCGCGACGCACGACCAUCCUGAAGUUGCCCGACUCGAGGCUGUCGUGCUAGACUUGAAGGUGCAGCUCGACAAAGAGCAACAAAACGUUCAAUCUGCAAUCAAAAAGUGCCGACGGAGUCGCGAGCGCGAACGCCAACUGAAGAUGGCCAUUGAUCCUCUGUGGGAAUAGAUAGCCAAAUACGUCGUCUCAUGCGGCAGACGACUUGGCGACGACGAUGCCCGAGCCACAGCGACGUGACAACCUCAGUUCAUGCAAGUGCGGUCAGAUAUCCUGAGUCGUUCCAUGUUAAGACAACACAAUCUGUCUACAAUCCUCCACGGCGUGCCAUUUUUACAAGGCGGCAGUGAUGGCAAACAGUUCUUCGCCCUUUUUGUCGCC